AUCACCUAGGCAUGCAUACUGCUUCUACAAACAUUUGUGAAAGAAUGGGUCGCUCUCAGGAGCUCAGUGAAUUCAAGCGUGAUACCGUGAUAGGUUGCCACCUGUGCAAUAAGUCCAUACGUGAAAUUUCCCUGCUACUAAAUAUUCCACGGUCAACUGUUAGUGAUAUUAUAACAAAGUGGAAGCAACUGGGAACAGCAGCAGCUCGGCCACCAAGUGGAAGGCCACGUAAAAUGACAGAGCGGGGUGAGCACAUCAUGGAGCACAUAGUGCGCAGAAGUCACCAACAGUCUGCAGAGUCAAUAGCUAAAGACCUCCAUACUUCGUGUGGCCUUCAGAUUAGCACAACAACAGUGCAUAGAGAGCUUCAUGGAAUGGGUUUCCAGGGCCAAGCAGCUGCAUCCAAGCGUCAGAUGCAGUGGUGUAAAGCACGCUGCCACUGGACUCUAGAGCAGUGGAGACGUGUCCUCUGGAUUGCCAGAAUGGUGCUUGUCUGACUUCAUUGUGCCAAGUGCAAAGUUU